CCUUAACACGCGCACCAAUUUCCUCCACACCUCCUCUCACACAAAACGUACACGCAAAACCACCACAAUGCCCAAAGAAAAGAACUUUAAUCCCGUGCAAGCCGCCAAGAAAGCCGAAAAAGCCAAAACCCUCAAAAAGCAAAAGGCCCAGCUCCAGACCCAGCGCACUGAGAAACUCGCCCGCCGCAACCCCGCACGCAUUCAGCGCGACAUCGACGCCCUCAAAGAAGCCGAGCAGACUGGGGCGCUUCGCCCCCACGAGCGCACGCGCCUCAAUGAGCUCGAAAAGGACCUUGCUGCUGUGAAUAAGGCGCGCGCGGCGCUGGGGGACAAGGCGCCGCAGUUCAAGCCGGAGAGGGACCAGAGGGAUCAGAGGGAUGGUGGGGGUGGACGGGGAGGAAGGGGUGGUGUGCUGGGGAAGAGGUCGAGGGAUGGGGGGAGGAAGGGAAAUGCGGACGACAGCAGCGAUACGGAUGCGGAUGUGAGGCGAAUUCCGAUGCCGAGAGAUACACCGCCACCGAUACCGAAGCGUUAUGGAGGUGAUGCGCCGGCGGAGGAAAAGAAGCCCACACUCGUGUACGAAGCUGCGCCCCAGGUGCGCGAUUUCAAGAAGGAGGUCACGUCGCGAUUUAUGCCUGCGGCUGUGGCGCAGAAGUUGAAGCUGGCGAAGGGAGAGGGAAGACUCUUGGAGCCCGACGAGUUCGACAAGCUACAGCAAGAGGGAUACAUGAAUACGGCGAAGGAAGGUGAAGACAAGGCUGAGACUACCGAGGCUAAGGCUGAAGGUGAGGCAGACCCAGAGCUCGAGCAGUUCUUGCGAACACAAGAGAUCAGAAACGCUGCGGAAGGCGCUGCAGAAGCUGCAGUACACGAGGCAGAAUACGAGAUGAUGGCAGCCGAGAAUCAAGGCGAGAUAAAGAAUCUAGAGGGUGAAAGCAGAGUGGCUGAGAACAAGCUACGACACGUUGAGAUUGAGGAGGUGGAAGAUGAGGGAGACUAUUGAACUAUGAUACCCAGGACCGAAUAAAGAUACUUGUUAUUUCCAUACACCGAGAAUACCGUGCCAAUGUGGCAAAGCAAUGAAUGUGGCGGGUUACGAGAGUGAGACACACAAGCAGUACCGGCUUUUCACCAUCAUCAAAACGACGUGCGCAAGUAGUAAAGUGUGACAAAUAAGAUCACAGACAAGACUACCUGGUGCAUGGGAGGAGCAAAGAUUAUUCUCACGACA